GAAUAGUUUGCCAGUGAAGGCGCGCGCAGGAGGACCUGUAGGAAAUGACUCGAGCUGAAAUCCUGUUUCAGAAAAGAAAUUACAACAAACAACCCGGGGUCUAAGGCAGAGCGCACCGAGCCAGCGGUAAACAGGGUGUGUGUAAACCAUAAACAACGAAAGUCAUCGCUGAAUCUAGAGGAAAUGCUCAAUGGAGACACUCAUGAGUGCUGUGGCCCCGCGUGCACCGGCGACGGUGAAGCGGGGGUCUGAGGUGGACUUCCGCUCGGGCACGACUCUGGAGCAGCUGUCGGCUCAGGUGCAGGAGCUGGUGCAGCUGGAACAGGGGGAGUUUGGAGACCAGACCGCACUCGAGGUGCACACGGCCAAAGACUUCAUCUUUAACAUGCUGGGCCUGGUGCAGAAGGUAGACAAACGAUUGCCAGUUGCCAAUGAAUAUCUGCUGCUAUCAGGUGGAGCCAGGGAAGGUGUUCUUGACCUUAACCCAGAGGAUCUAGGUGACUAUGCUAAAGGUGUUGACUUUGAUUUGGACUUCACUCUACUAGUGCCCGCUCUUAAACUGCAUGACCGAAAUCAGCCCGUGACGCUGGACAUGCGGCAUUCCCCACCAUGCCAUUCUUGGCUGAGCCUGCGCCUCUGCGACCCUGCGAUGCUGACGCGUUGGAGUAUCUGCUGUCAAGAUGAGAAAACUAGAGAGAAUAAAGAUGUGGAAGAUGAGGAGGAAGAAACUGAAGCAGUACGAGGCUCAAUCCCAUCCCUGCAACCUCCUCAAUCAUUAGAUGGAUGUUACUUCUCUCCGUUGCUGGUUGCCGAUUGGUUCUGGAGUGUAGUUGGGACGGCGGUAGAAGAGUUGCGGAGAAAUCCUCAAAGAGGGAUUCCUGUUCCUGAUUGUGUUGAGCGGAAUGGUCCACUAACAACACUGAUUCUUACUGCAGGAACUAGCCGUAUCCUUUACGACUUGCUUCCAGUGGUGUCGUUUCGUGGCUGGCCGGCUGUCGCACAGGGCUGGCUCACGACCAACCAUUUCUGGGAUGGCAAAAUAACGGAGGAGGAGGCCAUCAGCGGGUUCUACUUGCUUCCUUGCUGUUCUCCAGCUGCCAGCCCCUCAACCAGACCUGACCGCGAAUGGAGACUUGCCUUCUCCCGCAGUGAGGUUCAGCUAAAGAAAUGCAUGCCCUACCCAAUGGCAAAAGCCUUCCAAGCAGCUAAAGCUGUACUGUCAAGACUAUUAGCUCGCCCUCGCACCGGCCUUAGCCUCUACCACCUACGUACCUUGAUGUUUUGGGCUUGUGAUCGCUUGCCUACAACCUACCUUAGCUGUCUAGAUCAUGAGACUCCUGCACGGCUGUUCCUUGGUCUACUUGAUGACUUGGCUCACUGCAUUCUGGGCAAAAACUGUCCUAAUUACUUCCUCCCUCAGUGCAACAUGCUCGAGCACCUUACGGACAGUGCCGCCCUGUUAGUGGCACGAAAACUUGCACAUUUACGUUCCGAUCCUACAGAGCAUUUAAGAGCCGCUUUGGAGCAGACACAACAGGCAUGCCAACUCAAACGUGAGGCCGCAGUAGCUGUGAGCAAUGGCCAUGGGUUAUCAUCAUCUACCCAUGAACAUGGUGCGGGAUCACCACAGGACGACCGGCUAGCACAACGACUACAACAGCUGGUGACCGAAAACCUUGGCAAGUCUAUUUCAGUCUUCCUCAACCCAGAUGACGUUACACGCCCGCAUUUCCGCAUUGACGACAAGUUCUACUGAGUGGACUGAGCUGGUUUAUACACUGCCCAGGGUACAGAAACCCUAUACGACAGAACUUCUAGAAGACAUAGUCAUGUCACUGUGCUACUGUAUUACCAAAUAGUUAAAUAGUCUUCACAGAGGGGUUUCUUCCCUCUGUUUGGCUCAACAAGACUGACAACAAUCAAAGUUGCUUGACACUCCAAUGAGGGAUUGCAUGAAUUUCACAGGUGUCACAAUGUCAGGGAGAACAAAAUUUACAGGGGAAGGAUAGAUUUUAGUUAAGCGACUCGUAUAAAAUCGAAAUUCAAUUGCAUCCUAAGUUUUUUUAGUUUUUUUUUACUUGCUACUCAAUACUACUGAGAAAGGAAACUAGUAUUUUCUGCUGUGUUCCACAGUAAAUCCCAAGGGCAGUAGAACUAGAAAACCAACUAGGCCAAGGUACAUUAUGAUGAAAUCGAAUGCAAAUUUUUUUUUGUUGGUGUAUGUGUGGAGAAGUUUGCAACUAUUGAUCACAUAAUCUUCUCUUACUUUAGUCUGUCAGUUACCCUGCUUUCUCCCUUUCUCAGGUACUUUUUUUCUUUUAACUGGUGAGUCUUGAGUUGUUCUACAGUCAAAAACAACAAAAGCAGAAAGUGAGAAAAAGAUGAGGAAUAACUCACAAAUCUAGGCCUUGUCCUUUAUGUAUAAGAAGCUGUUGUACAGCCUGUAGAAACAAUCUUUUUGAAACAAAUGCUGUUCGAAGCUAUUUUUUUGUUUACUUUUUUUAGAUUCUUAAGUUAGAUGCGGGUGAUGGUCUAUCACGUUUCAGAGACUCGUUGAUAAGUAAUAAGUUAAACUGACAAAACUGAUUGAUGCAGAUUUUGUGUCUUCAUGGUUCCUGAUUGGAUUCUAAUCUGCACCUAAAUAAGCAGUAUGUGUUAGUGUUAUUCUAAGGGCUUUUCUUUGUCAAUCGUUGUUGCAUAUGUCUGGAUAAAACUAAACAUGGAAGAUGCUUUGGAAAGUGGGAUUUUGUGGGGAUAAAGGUUUGCCAGCACUAAGUACUGGAAUAAUAGAAAGACAGAUCCAGUGCGGGCAACAGAGGUUUAGAGAAAGGAUUGAAGGAACGUGUAUAGAGACAGAGGAAUGCAUCUCAGUGUUUUUUUGUGUUUGUGAAAGGGUCCUACAGUAUCUCACUCUUGCAUAUUUGCAUUGGUAGCUGUGGGAGGCAAAGAUGGAUGAAGAAAGUCAAACACGAUGUCCACUGGAUAGAUUAGGCCGAACCAAUGGGACUCCCGGGACUGUAGACAUCUGCUCUCCCGUGCUCAUUUUUGCUUUCCGUCUCAUUCCUAAAUCCUUCCCUCUUCAUCGGCCUCCAUCUCUGGCUGUUCUUGAUCCAUCUCUACCUCUUUGACUGUGCUCAAGGAUUAAAGAACAAUGUUACAUGUGUAUUCAGCAUAAAUCGCAUUAGUGCCCUGUGGGAGUUGGCAGACCAUUCGUGUGUGCUGCUGACAUGGCUGCUGCACAAAUACAGAGCAAUCAGUAACAGCGUUGCCUUUGAAUGACAGCAAAAUGGUGAGGAAUAGGCUUUUUCUAGUGAAUUUCUCAUUCCAAUAUGUGAGACGGGAGACGUGCUACUGAAAAGAGGUUGUAUAGUGUUGCACAUGGUACAGGUAGGCUUUUAUACAUAAUGUCUGCUUCAUGCCAAGGAAAAGACACCAAAGAGAGUUUAAAAGACUGAUUGCUUAGAUUAAAUGUCAUGAAGGAAAACGGAUGUAUCUCUAUUGUAUAUUGUCAGGGUUUGACACUGUAUACCUUAAAAGGCCUCUUUAGUUGGUUUAAAUAUUGUAAAAUGCUUGAAUCAAUAUUUGUAAUGCUAUUUUAAAUGUUUUUUUGCAUAUAUUGACCGUUGUUUAGCACAAUGCCUGAUAUCAAAUGAACAGUGGUACUAUGCAAGAUUUCAGAAUCAUCUCUAUGAAUGAGAUAUUAAGGCCUACCAUUUCUGUGAUCAUUACCGAGUGUUUUAUACAAUGAAUUCAUUGGGGAAAAAAUUAAUGUUCCUGCCUCAGGGCAUGAUAAAAUGUUCCAGACGCAUUUCAGGUGAAUCUGAAGGAAGCCAAAGCACAUAAUUUUCUUUCCCAACUUUUUAAUGAUGUGGUCCCAGUGUUUCAUUUUCUGACAGCAAUAGUCCCUUGUGUCAUGCUGUUGUGUACAAACGUUUUUUUGCCCUGCUCAAGCGGAAAAGAAAAUACUAAUGUAAACAACUUAUUUUACCUCUUGAAUUAAUCUUGUCGUCAACCCAAAUUCCCUGAAUGGAAAUGGAACGAUGCAUAUUUAAAUGGUACCAAAUAUUUAGAUAUUCCAUAUCAUUUCUCUAACGUGCCUCAGAAAGCUUUUUUUUAUAAUAAAUGUGCUGGGGGUGGGGGGAAAUUGCCCUCUGUGUAAUCAUGUGUGAUGAUGCUGGUCGUAGCAUGAAAUAAAACAUUACAUCUAUGA